GGAGAAAGGGAGAAAGGGAGAGAGGGACGAAGGAAGAAGAGCAGAUCUAAUUCGUUGAGAAAAUCCAAUUCGUUGAUUCUUCGAUUCUCGGGUCGGCUCGGGUCGGCUCGCAUGAACCCAAAACCCUCGGCGACAAGGUCGUGCUUGCCUUGACUCCGUGCCGUUUUCAUGUUCUGAGGGUUUCUCCGCUUUUCCCAGACGUACGCCUUCUGCUGACUUGCAUCAAUCCGUGACCUGGCUGCGAGAGAGCGAUCGAUCGAGCGAGUUAGAGAGCGAAUGAGGAGUAUCGCCGACGAGAGGCGCGACAUCGUGUUGUGUCCGGCGGGUGGGGAAUUUUCUCCUCGAGGACGGCGUUUGUUCUUUCGCACAUCGCUGGGUUUUGUCGAGCUGGCCAGUGAUCUUUCCGACGCCCUGUUUCCGAGAUUAAUCGGAGUAUGCCCUCUUUUAAGAAUCCUCUAUCGUACGCCGGUUUUUUGGACGAUGGCGGAUCAAGUUGACCUCCUUCAAUCGCCCGGAAAGUAAUCUCCAGAGACAUUGGCAAUUGUGAAAUAGAUUCGAAAGCUGAAUCGGCAAAAGUUUUUAUCUUCGACGAGGUGCGCUUUAGAUGCUCUUUCGGCCGAGCGAAAGGUGUGGUUGAACUUUUGAGAGUCGGCGCUGGGAGCUCUCAUGACUCUCUCCUUGGGCAAGCGCUCCCUUUGCCUUUUUGUUUACCUGCUCGUCCUCGAUGGCGUUGCGAUUUUCUUCUUUACCCGUGGGUUCCUCCUUACAAGGACCGAGCUCUCUGUUUUUAGUGAGUGUUCGGACGUUUCGAAUUGUCCCUCAUGCUUCGAUCGAUCACUCAAGUGCCAUACCGAGGAUCAACAGGCAGAAGAUCUGGCGGCCAAUAGACCGACCUCUGGAUUGCUCAUCGAUUCCCACUGCACGCAUGGUUUAGAUGAAGGAGCGAAGAAUGUAGCAGCGGGAACUUCGAAGCAAGUCAAUGACUUCAACGAGGGAUGUUGGACACUGCCGGCAAUCAAAAAGGCUGUUAUCCUCAUCAUCGACGCUUUAAGAUUCGACUUCGUUGCACACAGUAGGAACUUCAAUGGAGAGCCAAAGCCAUGGAUGGAUAAGCUUUCGAUAUUACAGCGUUUGGUUGAAGAGCAAAAUUCCACCGCUCGCAUCUUCAAAUUUAUCGCUGAUCCACCCACUACAACUCUACAAAGGCUGAAGGGCAUAACAACGGGUGGUUUACCAACAUUUAUUGAUAUUGGCCACAGUUUUGGUGCUCCAGCCAUCGCUGAAGACAACUUGAUAUCACAACUACAGAGAACGGGAAAGAGGGUUGUGAUGAUGGGGGAUGAUACUUGGAUGCAGCUCUUCCCAACUCAGUUCUCCAUGGCUUAUCCUUUUCCAUCAUACAAUGUCAAGGACCUUCAUACUGUCGACGAUGGCGUAAUUCGUGAGCUCUUUCCUGCUCUGCAUCGAAAUGAUUGGGACGUUUUGAUUGGACACUUUCUUGGCGUGGAUCAUGUAGGUCACAUAUUUGGUGUAGAGUCCCCUCUUAUGGUGGAGAAGCUGAAGCAGUACAAUGACGUCAUUGAGAAUGUGGCCACAUUGCUGAAAAAUAUGUCAGAGCCUGGUGGGUUGCUCGAAGAUACCUUGCUCAUCGUAAUGGGAGACCAUGGCCAAACUUUGAACGGAGAUCAUGGAGGAGGAACACCCGAAGAGGUGGAGACUGCACUCUUUGCUCUAAGUACACAUCACAAUUCGAGGUCUUCUCUUCCUGAAUCGCUAAAAUCAUGUGAAGUUGAAGAUCCAGUUAUUGGUUGCAUCAGCUCCAUUCCCCAGUUGGACUUUUCGGCAAGCAUGUCAUCAUUCCUCGGUGUACCAUUUCCAUACGGAAGUGUGGGGCAAGUGAAUGCAGAGUUGUUCGAUCUUGUCGCUAGAGAUGCCGUCUCCUCUACUACACACGUGGAAGAUGAUACAGUAUGGUCAAAGGCUUCUUUGACGUUGAUGGAACAUUAUAAAGAAGUGCUGUGUAUAAACAGCUGGCAGGUGAAAAGAUACUUUGAGGCAUACUCUGCAGUUGCCAUAAGUGGGUUUCCUCCACAGGAUCUAGCGCGAUUGACCGACUUGUACUCUACAGCACAAAAUAUCAACACUACAGAAAGAGACCUGUUUUGUAGUUGGGCUUCCUCUACCGAUGAAUCGAGUAGAAAAGCGACGAGACAAAGAAUUCUAGACGAAGUUCAGAAGCAAGUCGAAGCUUUUAGAGAGUACUUGAAAGCUGCAGCUGCUCUAGCGCGAUCUCAGUGGACACAAUUUGGCAUUGAGUGGAUGGUUGUCGGUUUAUCAUUCUUAAUUGCAUCUGUAGUUAUACGAGCUGCUGCACUACGUCGACUUUCUCAUAGUGGUAAACAGAGGUGGGAGGCAGGGCUGUUUCCCACUAAGCCGUUACUCAUAAACAGCAUCGGAGCUAGUUAUCCUAUAAUUAUGCUGGUUGUUCUGCACCCACUUCUGACGAGAACACCCUUGCAGCCCGUUGUGACGUAUAUACGAGACAAUCUUAGCAUAGUGGUUGUCUGUGUUACUGUAGGAGCAUCAGUUAUGGCAUACUUGACGUCGUCACCUAGGUCUUUUUCUGAGAAGAAGUUUAGAACCUUAGCCAACGAACAGAAAUCCGAUCAUAGAAAAUGGUCCUGGGACAUGGAGGUUGACUUUAGAAGUAUAGCGGCUACUGUCUUUGUGAUACUCCAUGGUUUCAGCUUAUUUUCGAACAGUUAUAUCGUGGCAGAAGAAUCUGUGAUCAAUUACUUGAUGGCCUCGUCAAGCAUUGUUUACUUAAGAUAUUCUAUUAAGGCGCGUUCAAAAAUUGUCCAGGCUCUCUGUUUUAUGGUACUCGUGUGGGUUUUACCCAGGGUACAAACUCUAGCUCUUUUCAAGGGGAUGAAAGCCGUCGACAGUUCAGGGCCCUUGUACUCAACUCUUGCAAGCAGAAAUCUGCUUCUUCAAGUGAUCCUGACCUGCACAACCGUAGUACUUCCCCUCCUCGUCGUCACAUGGAUAUUAAGGUGCAGAUUAGGGAGAUCUCACUAUUGUGCUGGAAGAUUGUGGAAGACUGUACGUAGCGGGGUAUCCAUCAGCUACUUUUUAAUCGGUGUUUACUGGAUCAUCAUGGAUCUAACAAACACCGAGUUUAUAACGAUGGACGACGACAUGAUGAAAAUUGUGCGUUUGUACAUCCCUCGUAUUAUCUAUAUGACCUCUGUUGUAGUCGUCUUAGCCACUAUCACAGCAGUUAUUUUCAGCUGGGCAAGACCGGGAGUCGAAGUUGCUUCUUCAGCAAAGCUGUUAAUAGAAACUGGGGCCAGUGUUGCAGCUGGAUCCAGUGGAACAAUUUUACUUCUGAUGGGAAGAAGGGGGCCCUUGAUUUCAAUGCUGGUUAUACUAGAAGUGUGGUGUUUCUUGGAGCUUCAAGCUAUUACAACCACAAGCGGAUCGACUGACUUGAGUGAUGCUGAGGACGAGAGAAAAAGGGUUGACAAAAUAGUUCAGUCAUUUGGAGCAACCGCUGACUGGAGUAUGGUCGCCUUACAGCUUUUCUUUUCAACGGGCCACAGCUGUGCAUUUGACGGUCUCCACUUUUCCGCCGCAUUCAUCGGAUUCGACGACUUCGGCUUUUACCAGCAGGGUAUACUUCUUGCAGUUGAGACGUUCGGAGCAUCCCAUUUGCUGCCUGUCUUCGGACUUCCAGUUAUAAUCUUGUUGGGUCAGAACCUCUUACGAUCUCGCGGGCGAGACGAUGAGAGGAUGGUUAUUACGGAGGUUACGAAGGGCUACUUAUGGUUUGGUACUCUUCGGGCUAUAAUUGCAGUCAUUACGACGGCUAGCGUUUGCAUACAAAGACGUCAUUUGAUGGUCUGGGGUAUCUUCGCACCAAAGUUUGUUUUCGACGCUCUGGGUUUCUUAGUGCUAGAUGUGCUCGUCAUUUUAGCAACCGCUAUUUUUUUAAUCUUCCGAAGACCAAAGCAGCACGAGGCUUGAUAUAUUAGCUUGGUAAUUUGAUGAGUUGGAAAUGAUGAAUCAAACCUCGACUUUGGAAGGAAGAUGUCAAACCGGGAUGAUCAACCUUAUCGUACCUUGCAGUCAGAAACAGUGAAGGUAGUGUGCUGGAGUUGAUCUCUUGGACUGAAGGCACAGGCCCGGUUUCUGCACCUGCACCCAAAUCCAUGGAGAGGAGUUUCGGACGGCUUAGAGUAUAAGUUUGGCGCGUCAGAGUUGUUUGUCUAAGCUUUCUCUCUCUCUUGAUUCCUUCGUCAACGAUCGAUUUGUAUCCUUCUAAUUAAUCAUAUGAAGAGAACUCCGAGGAAGGUAAGACAAUGGUGCUUUACAAAGAGGGCCUGUAUUACUCUUAAGGUAUCAAUACUUUAACUCAUGCUUUGAUGUAUGGGCUCGAUUGUAUCGAUUCACGUUUUGUGAUAUGAAGCACACACUCUCUACGAGUACGUCUGUGGUGGCUCCCCAGUGUCCGCUGUGCAUAUGAUUGGUCCAUCUACGUUUGAAUGCUCACCUAUACGCAGGUAUCUGAAGUCGUACAGUUUUAACACUCC